GUGUUGGGGGGCCAGGUCCUGCCCCUGGUGCUGGUGUCAGGGAGUCAGGCCACCUCCCACUGGAGGGAAGGAAAAACAGCCAUAAGUGGAUUUUGGCAGGGGCUGGCCCCAGCCCGGCGCCAGGAGGAUAAAUCCCAGCUGCAUGUGGGGCUGAUGAGGGGCCAGGAUGGGCAAUCCAGGACACAGUGGGGGGCCAGGGCGGGGUGCACUUUCUCCUCCAUGCCCUCAAUGCUGCCCAAUCCGCUGCAUUCCCGCGUCCCGUGAUCAGUGGCCACGGGUUGUGCUGCACCACGACCUUUGAGAUGAGCUGCGCUCGUCCCACGGCACCUGGAGCCCAGCAGCCCCCCAGUUCCACAUGCACGGUGGGGGACUUUGUCCCUGCUGUCACCACAUCUCUCAGUGCUGCCGUCCUGACUUGCUGUCGCCCUGGCAGAGCAAUGGCAGUGGUGUUGGCUCUGCUGGUGGCCUGGCCAGCUGCCACCCUAGCAGUGACGGUGACACAGGAGUCACUGCUCAACGUCUGCAUGGAUGCCAAGCACCAUAAAACAGAGCCUGGCCCUGAGGGGCAGCUCUACGGGCAGUGUGUCCUGUGGAGAGACAAUGCCUGCUGCUCUGCCAACACCAGUUUGGAAGCUCACCGGGACCAGUCCUACCUGUACAACUUCAACUGGGACCACUGUGGGGCCAUGCCAGAGAAGUGCAAGCGCCACUUCAUCCAGGACACGUGUCUCUAUGAGUGUUCCCCUAACCUGGGGCCAUGGAUCGACCAGGCAGACACCAGCUGGCGGAAGGAGCGGAUCCGGGAUGUGCCACUGUGCCAGGAGGACUGUGAGCAGUGGUGGGAGGAUUGCCAGGAUGCUGUCACCUGCAAGGUCAACUGGCACAAGGGCUGGAACUGGACUACAGGCACCAACCAGUGUCCCAAGGGUGCCAUGUGCCAGAAGUUCAAGUUUGUGUUCCCCACGGCGGCUGCACUCUGCGAGCAGAUCUGGUCUGGUUCCUAUCGCUACACAGCCCACCACCGUGGCAGUGGUCGCUGCAUCCAGAUGUGGUUCGAUCCCACACAGGGGAACCCAAAUGUUGCCGUCGCCCAAUAUUAUGCCCAUGGCAAUGCUCCCCCAAACUCCCCGCUCUCUAUCCUGCUGUCCCUGCUGCCCCUCACCUUACUGGCCCUGCUCUGAGCAGGAGGGGCUGCAGGCAGGAGCAGGCAGUAGAUGGUUGGGGGGGGGUCCCCCGGCUGCCUUGUGCCUCCCUGUGGGAUGUCCCCAAGCUGUGUCCCCCCACCAAGGCAUGUGGCUCAUGAAUAAAUGCUCCUGUCCUGCUUGGU